AUGGGUUCCAGUUCUAAAAGGAAGAAGGAGAAGCAAAAGGACUUUCAGAAACCUAAACUCAGGGUUGGGAAAACCAAAGCGAAGCCCGACAACUACACCGAUACCAGUUUCAAAUCGAAGUCAAUUGUCCUCACACAACAAUCCCUCCACCUCAACGCCCCAACUUCAAAUGCCACAUUCACGCAUAACUUAUCUCUCCUCAAUGUCAAGUCCGACAGCCAACGACGCGACUCCCUCGCUUAUCUGACUACUACUAUAUCCUCCCGACCAGUAAAUUCGCCUCUGCCACAACCGGUCAGCGUCAUUCUACCAUCUUUGCUCCCGCUCAUUCUCGAUGGCAGCAACAGCGUACGGACCCAGCUUCUCAAGCUCCUGCGGACCCUACCGCUAGGCGAUAUAGAGGACCACGUUGCCCAACUCCUGCCCUACGUUCGCGCAGGAAUGACCCAUCUUGGAGCGGACAUCCGCAGUUCUGCUGUCGAGAUUCUAUCAUGGAUGGUCGAGGUAGCAGGAGAAGCAACCGUUUCCUGCGCAGGAGGAUGGAUCAAAACACUCAACUGCUUCUUGUCUGUGUUGGGCUGGCACACCGAGGAGUCAUCACAAUGGUCCUCAAGUCGGGCUUCAUUUGGCAAGGCCGGUAGCCAGGGCAAGCCCAUGGUUAAAACGCUUGUGGCUCUAGCGAUGUUUUUGGAUGCAGGUAUUGGAAAACCUUUUAUCGGCGGUAUCGAUAGUGAGAUGCCUGGUGAUGACGAGAGCGCCGACUGGCCGUUCCCUCUUUCUCAGACCGCCCAGCACAUGAUCUCAGACUCAUCUACCCCAUUCGCAUAUCUGAAUCUGUUUGGGAAGCCGCGCGACGAGGAAGGAGAAAUGUACGAAACCCGUGAAGACAGGUACCGGGUGUUCUCCACUCGUUUCCAAUCACCAAUUGAGCGAGGGCUCAAGGGUGCCAGAGAGGAAGGUGGUGAACUGGGCCGUGCAUCAUCCGGUGCGACCAAGGUGUUAAAAGAAGCGAUUGCGUAUGGGCCCGGCCCAUGA